ACAGCCCAGAAACGCUACCAAAAAAUAAAAAGUUCUUUAGCCCAAUGGGUCAUUACAAACAGGCUGGAGUAUCCAACUGCGCAGCAAAACGACACCCCAUCAAUAUCUAUCGAGCGCGCCAAUAAUUCAAAUAUCUGCGAAAGAUCAAAGGGGGCACCUACUUCCUCAAAUUCCAAAAAAAUGGAAGACGACUGCAAAUCCUCCUUGAAUUUCUUCUCCGAUCAACAGCUCUGCUACGCCGACAUCCUCGCUCCGCCGGAGGCCAUUGCCCGAAUCCAAGUCGCCGUCCUCAACUUCCUCCGAAUCCUGACCUCUCCGGCUCCCGCAAUCUCCGACCUUCCUCUCGUCACUAGAAAAUCAAGCAACCGCCGCUUCAAUCAAGGCCUGCUCACUCAGACUUCGUGGAUUUUCCUGACAAACGCUCUCUGCACCAGGUCUCUCUCACGGCCGAACGCCGCCAGAGCUUUUAUCAGAGUGUGGAAGUUGAUGGCGAUGUGCUCUCGGAUUUUGGGGCUGGAUAAGAAGGUCACGCAGAGGGAGCUCUUCUACAAGUUGCUCUGCGAUUCACCGGAUUAUUUCUCGUCUCAGUCGCAGGUGAAUCGGACUAUCCAAGAUGUGGUGGCAUUGCUGCGCUGCAGCCGUUACAGUCUCGGGAUCAUGGCAUCUAGCCGAGGGCUUGUUGCCGGUCGCUUGCAGUUGCAGGAGCCAAACCAAGAUGUUGUGGACUGUGCUGCCUGUGGAUUUUCGGGGCAUAAUAUCUCUGGGGACUUGAAUUCCUUGGAGAAGUUGAUGAUGAAAACGGAUGCGAGGUACAUCAUUGUGGUGGAGAAGCAUGCAAUUUUCCAGCGGUUGGUCGAGGACCGCGUGUUCAACCAAAUUCCCAGCAUUCUGAUCACUGCCAGAGGGUACCCGGAUAUAGCAACAAGGAUUCUUCUUCACCGGAUGAGCAGAGCAUUUCCCGACUUGCCAAUGUUAGCACUGGUUGACUGGAACCCAGCUGGGCUAGCUAUUUUAUGCACAUUCAAGUUUGGAAGCAUAGGGAUGGGCCUGGAGGCUUACAGAUAUGCUUGCAACGUGAAGUGGUUGGGGCUGCGAGGCGAAGACCUAGAGCUCGUACCCGAACAAGCUUUAGUUCCAUUGAAACCAAAGGACCUCCAGAUUGCCAAGAGCUUGAUCUCAUCGGAGAUCUUGCAGGUUCCGAAAAUAUCUGGAUUGCAGGAGAAUUACAGGGCAGAGCUGACAUGGAUGGUUGAGAGUGGUCAGAGGGCAGAAAUUGAAGCUCUGUAUUCUCAAGGUUACGAUUACCUGGGGAAGUUCAUCGCAAGAAAAAUUGUGCAAGCCAACUACAUCUGAACAGAAGAAAACCCAGAAUCAUCACUGUUACUCGAGCUUCUAGCCAUGUAAAGUGUAGGCUUUGGUUGCAUUGUCGCCUUGAGAUGGCGACAAAAGAACGAGAAUGACGAAACCAAAGCGCUAAUAGAAAACUGAAUUGCAUCUUCUAAUUUCAAUCAACAAUCAUAACAAUGUGAAAACAACUCCAGAAAUAAUGUAUAAAAUAGUCUUAUCCUCUCACCGAAAUGGAAUCAACAGAACUACAAAUGACACUUUGAUUUUCUUUCAACUGAUUACUACAACAGUACUAAGGGCGAUCGUUAUAUGAUAUUGGUUAUAAACUCGACUUAUCUGCAAUGUGCAGAUCACGAUGCUUAAGUCUCAAAAUCGGCUAAGGAAAAGAAUGACCCCUCAA